CAACAAUAAGUCAGUAUCACACAAAGUAAAAAAAAUAUUGUCUAUAAUUUAGUUUAGCUAGUUAUACAGUUCAGUCCUCGCGCAUAAUCGGUGCACAUAAAGAUAUUAAAGUUAAAAAUGAGUGAAUCAAAGAAUGGAAACUGUUCAGAUCAUGAUAACAGUGAAGAAACAUCUACUGAUGCUUUCGGAUCAAACCUCCCUACUAACAAUCGAGCAUACGGGAGAAUCUACUCAAAAAUGCCAACAUCUCGUUUUGCAUCAGAAUAUAAUAUGAAUCAUCCAAAGCGAGGCAUUGCGUUGAUUUUCAACCAUGAGCAUUUUGACAUUCCAUCAUUGAAGAGCAGAAUGGGAACAAAUGUUGACAGUGAGAAUCUGUUUAAUAGUCUCAGAAAUCUUCAUUUUGAUGUUUCUAUGUAUAAGGACUUUAAGUACAGUGAAAUGAUUGCUGAAGUUUCUAAUGUUGCUCGUAUGGACCACACAGACUACGACUGUAUAAUUAUAACCAUACUAUCUCACGGAGAAAAUGGUUUUUUAUACAGUAAAGAUACACAUUAUAAGCUUGAAAGCAUCACACAAUAUUUCACAGCUGAUCGCUGCCCGACUUUAGCUGGAAAGCCUAAGCUCUUUUUUAUUCAAGCAUGCCAAGGCGAUAAACUCGAUGGGGGCAUUGUUAUGAGACGUGAAACAACUGAAACAGAUUCAAAUGCAACGCAUAGCUAUUCGAUUCCAGUGCAUGCAGAUUUUCUGAUUGCAUAUUCGACCAUUCCGGGAUACUAUUCAUGGAGAAACACAACCAAAGGCUCGUGGUUCAUGCAAUCAUUAUGUGCUGAACUUGAUGAAAAUGGCAAGAAAUUUGAUUUAUUGACUUUAUUGACUUUCGUCAGUCAACGUGUUGCAUAUGAUUUUGAAUCAAACACUCCCGACACCCCAACAAUGCAUCAGCAGAAACAAAUUCCAUGUACAACAACAAUGCUUACAAGAAUUUUAAAGUUCAAUGACAAAAUGUUUUAAGACAUGGACGUGUACAACAAACUUUUUUCUACUACUUCUAUUUUUAUAUCAAUUCAGACUAUAUUUUCAUAUUUCAUUACUUCAACUUAUUUUUAAUAACGUAUUUUGGACGCGUUGUGAUUCAUUCACAUUGAUAAAAUCCUUUUUAUCGGUUCUUGACCUACAUUAAUUAUCAAAAGAUAUCAUUGUGAAUGUGAAAAAAAAAAAUGAAACAAAUUUUUCUCGAAACUUAAAGACUUGAUAAUGAUGACGCUUUUGUGGCUUGCUCUACAUAAAUAAUGGAAUGUAGACAAAACAUUGACUGGUUAGGAAAUUUAUUGGCUGAAUUUAGAGACUGUUUGGCACUUGUGAAUCGCUUUUGAAAGCUUUUCGUAGUAUUUUAAAUGAAAUAAUAAACCUUUAAGUUUUCAAAAUUGUUAGAAAAAUCACGAAAAUAUUAAUCAAAAUUAUAAUGCCACAAAUGCACUUCAAAUUCGUAAUGAAACAAAAUAUUAGCAAGCAAAUAAGCCAUUUUGUGAUGCAAAUUAUCAUCUUUUGUUACUUUAACUAUCCAUUUAUGACAUUUUUGAGAGGUUUAAACGAUGAAAUUGAGAAUACGACAAAAUGAUUUUAAAGAAACAUAUUAGCUAGUAACAUACCUUUCGGUUCAAACGAAAUUCAUGCAAUCCAGUUUUAAAUGAGAAGCUUGUUUAAUUGGAUGAUGUGUUGCGCUUCAAUCUCGUAUAAUUGCUGAUUUCCGUGAUCCAAAUCAAAAUUAUGAAGCUAUAAUAGAAAAAUCGAGUGUAAUUAACAUUUUUUGAUACUGUUCAUUCAACAAGAUUAAUUAGGUCUCUAG